AUGGACGCAUUGGCACUUGGAGACAAUGGCAACCAAGCUGCCCUUCCUAUAUCAGUGGAUAUCAAAAAACUCUUUGACGGAAUUAUGUUUAGUCACCGGUAUACCAGUUGGGUUCAAGUAGAAGAUGCUCUAAGUCAGCUGGAAUCAGCAACUCAUACACAUUAUGUAAUCAAAAAGUGCAUACGGGACCAUGAAUCUCAGGAGUUGAAGUACAAAUUAGUAGUCUUUCGUUGUACAUAUGGCAUGAAGCGGAAAACUAGAGGUUCAGGUUUACGCGUCAAACCUGCAAAAUACACCGGUUGCCAAUCUGGCUUUCGUAUACGCUACAAGGAGGACGAGUUUAUCAUUUCUUCCGCGAAAACAGUUCACAAUCACAAAUGUGAAAAAAGUCUUAUGAUAGGUGAUCCAUAUUUUAGACGCCUGUCCGGGGAUGAAAAGGAGAAUAUUGCACCAGUUGUGAAGACUACAUCUGAGGUUGCUGAUGUUUUGGAAUAUGCUGAAGAGAAUUUUAAUAAAAUUUUGACGAGCACAGAUGUGUAUAAUUUACGUAAGGAUAUGAGACCAGCCAUGCCUUUGAGAUCAGAUGUUAUGCGCAUAAUAAGGCAAAGCGGUCAGGUGGUUGAAUACGUGGAUUCGAAUACAGGGGUAACCAGCAGAAUUUGCUUCGCCCUGGAAUCACAGGUUCAGUUAUAUCGGAAAUAUGGAGAGGUGGUGUGUAUUGACUAA